ACUGCAUCCCUUCGGCGUCAUGAAGCGUAAUUCGGCGGCGGACGUGGAGGGUUAAUUGGGGUCACAGGAAAAAAGAAAAAACAUCACCGUCAAAUACAAUACGUGGGGUGGCCGGUGCAACGUCGAUGUCUGGCCUUACGAGUUUUGGACGAUGGUAGCCUUUCUGGGUGCAAGUGUUUGCUCCAGAAGUUAAACAUGAAGGCUGCCGGCAAUUGCACAUUUUUCCGGUUUUUAGCACUGAUGCAUCUGUUCCCGAAGCCGUCCGCUUUCAAGCCGCCGGCGUGGCUCGGCGACGCGUCCCCGCUGCCCCUUGGAGCUGAUCUGAAUUUCAAAACGCUGACGAAGGAGCAGCACGCCGAUCAGGGCUUGCAGUUCAUGCUGAAUCUGUACCGAAGAGCUGCAGACGAGGACGGGAGACCCCGGCAGUCUCGGGCGUUUGGCUGCAACACGGUCCGCUUGAUUCGCCCGAGCCGCCCCGACGCCGGACAGAGGCGCCGCGCCUCCGUCUCCUUCGACCAGCAGCACACGUACAGGUUGGACUAUGAGCUGAAGAUCCUGCCCAGGGAGAGGCUGAUGAGGGCCACCUUCAUCCACCUGAGAUCCUCUGCCUUAUCGGGCCUGCCCGUGGCCUGCGAGGUCAGCAUCUGGUCUCGGUCUGGGUCUGACCAAGGAGUUCCCUUGGAGGGCAGCGUGGUGCUCGGGCCUCUGGACCAGUGGGCCGAGACGGACGUCACCCCACAGGUGCUCGCGCGGAGGGGCAGCCACCUGACUCUGGCUAUGCGGUACUGGUGUGUGAAGGGCAGCCUCUUCGAGCCUCUGGAGAUGGAAGGAUGGAGGCAGGGAGGUAAGCCUGGAAUCUCCUCCUCCAGGGCCCUGCUGAGACUUCCUGCCUUGUUGCUCUACCUGGAGGAGGACGGGGCCCCCAAAGGCUGGGCUGUCCCCACCAAGGUCUCCCCAUCCUUCACGUCUGUGUGGCCCCGGCGCCGGAGAUCCAAGGAACCAGGCAGCAUCGGCUUGGACAUUCCCAAUUACGUGCGCAAGAGCGCCUCCCCCAAGAACCAGUGCAAACUGCACUCGUAUCGCGUCACUUUCCGGGACCUGGGUUGGGAUCACUGGAUAAUUGCCCCGCAUGCCUACAACCCCCACUACUGCCAGGGUGACUGUCCCCGCAUCUUGCACUAUGGCUACAACUCGCCCAACCACGCCAUCAUCCAGAAUUUCAUCAGUGAAAUGAUGGCUGGUGUGGAGGUGCCGUCUCCCUCCUGCGUGCCCUACAAAUAUAAGCCCAUCAGCGUACUCAUGAUGGAGAAGAAUGGUACGGUCACCUACAAGGAGUAUGAGGACAUGAUCGCAGAGUCCUGCACGUGCCGGUAAGCUGGAGGCAGGGCCAGGUGUGUGGCCCCACCCCCCCUGGAGGUGGAGCCACUGUGCUGCACCAUGAUUGGCUGUUGGGUCUCUUGUUUUAAACUCGCUCGCCUCCUUCCGGGCUCGACUCUGCUCGACAGCGCCGCCCGGUGACCGGAGCACUUACGGAGAAGCAGGGAGCCUCCUGGAAUGCGGUCGAGUGCGUGUCGCUCUGUCCCGAUCCGGAGAAAUUGACAGGCAGCACACGGGAUUGGAAAUGUGUGUUAUUCCGCACUUUACCACUGUCAGCACCUGGUGGAGAUCUGCUUGUUUUGGAGUGAUGGGUUUAGCCUCAAGAUUUUUUAAAUGAAAGUCACUCCAAUUGUUUUUUUUUUUUCUUCAUUUUUAAUCGGACGCAGGGAGCUGUAGGACUUCAGGGUUACAAACUGCUCCUCCGUCUCCCCUGAUUCCCCAAAAUCAUGUCUUUUUGCACAUUUUGUGGGUCGGCGCGAGUGGCCCUCCCAAUGCAUGCUUAAAAAAAAAAAUGAAAAAAAGAAAAAUAUUAUCUCCUGGCUGCUGUGG